AUGGCGAGAGCGCGGCGGCUUCUCGCCCGCCCAGAGGUCGACGAGCGGGCGAGCAAGGCCGCGACCGAAAGGGGGGCCGCCCAUGGUUCGCUCGCGCUGCCGACGGCGGCGACGGCCUCCGAGGUGCGGGACUUCUCCGUCCGCGCGCUGGCCCUGGAGCUGCAGCUUCACGCCGCGGGCUGCGUGGCGUGCCAGGCGGGGGCCACGGGGGGUCGCGCUGGGCGGGCCCCUGCUGACGGGCUCGAGGGCCGCGGUCUACCGCGCGCUGGACAGGCCGGCGACCCCCGCGUUCAGAUGCACGCCGGGGGCCAGGAGGGGCUCAAUGCGGUUGGCAAGGCCGUUGUCUAUAUCUCGGGCAUCCAGGCGACGCGGAGGCUGACGGCCAAGCCCAAGGAGCGGGGCGUCGUCUCCCAGGGCGGCUGCCCGAUGGCUCCGAGGGCCUGGCCAUGGAUCUACGCCAGGCUGCUCAAGGUGCCGUCGCAGCGCAGGUGGGGGAGACGGAGGGGCACGAUGGCCUCAUUAAUGCCUGCGCUCUGGGAGGCUGGAUGGGCUCCCCGCUCGGCGGCCUCGUGGGCGGACCCGCGGGUCGCGGAGUGGGCCGCGCUGCCAGCCGCGGAGCUGAACGACCCAACGGAUGUCAUAUAUUCGGCGGCGGCUGACACUGCAAUCAAAUUAUGGAGAAAGGCUGCAAGAGGCCACGGCGCAGGCGACCUGCGCGGGCAGCUGGGCGCCUGGCACGCGGGCUGCCCCUUCAGGACUGCCAAGGACCAGGGCCCCGAGCGCAAACGGGCGCUCGAGCUACAGCGAGCGCUGGAGCGGGCCCUGACGACCUUCACGGGGCACUGGAUCGAGGACCCGCAAGUUUUGGAUGACGACAGAGACGCGCUCCACUGGCGGAGGCACUGCGUCCCGUAUGUUGCUCACUACCUCUCGCACCCUGCGAUGGCGCCCCUCGUCCACGAGCGCACCCAGCAGGAUGGCCACGGGAACGUGGCCACGGCGCAGCUGGACAUGGCGAUGGAGAUCUGCGACCAGGCCUUCAUACAGCGUCGUUCAUACAGGAUGCGCUAUUGGGCGUGGCUGCGCAUGCUGGAGUCGCGCGACUACGACGAACGGGUGCGCCAGCUAGCUGAGCACGCCGAGGCCAUCACCAGGGAGCUGGAGGCGCAGGGCCAGCACAUGCAGGAGCUCCAGAGCUCGUCAGAGGCAGUCCAGCGCACGAUCGCCUCGAGCGACCUCGCCUCUGGCGCGAGCUGCGCCAGGCUGGAGCAGCGGCUGGCGGAGGCGGAGUCCCAGUGCGGGUACGUUACCAGCAAGCUGGAAGAGGUGCAGGACAGGGUCGUGCUGUUGUCCGAGGAGCUGAACAAGCUCUGGCUGGCGACGGCCAGCGCCAGUGCCGACAGCACGGGAGGCGCCCCCGCUGGCGGCUGCGGGGCCUUCCUGCGCGGCGCCUUCGGCUGCGAGGCACUUUUGCUUGGCGACUGCGAUGGCUGCCCGCGGGCUUGCUGCGCUGCGCUGUCGCGGCAUGCGGCCGCUCUGCUGUCCCAGGCCAGGGACUACAAAGUCAUGGGCCUUAGCUCGGGGUGCGGCGCCCUCGGGCCGGUCGCCGUGAUCCUUAUCGUGGCGCGUAGGCACACUGACGUCAUCACACGAUGCCUGCUCCUCGUCGUGGGAGGCGCGUGCAUCUUGGCGGGAGUGGUGGUGGACCUCUGGGUGGUCGCCGGCUGCGUGGUCUACCCCGCCGGUUUCAUGAUGAGCGGUGUCUUGGUGUCGUUGGCGUUUUUCAUCGGCAGGGGUGUCGUGGGCGGUCGCACGGACUGGCCUCAGGUGAGUCUCGGCGCUUGCGGGGCCAGCACGGUGGUGUUUGCCGCGGGCGCGGCCCACCGCCGCUGGAUGCCGCUGCUUUGCGCGCUGCGGGUCAUGUGUGCCAGCACUGCCAAAGAGGGGCCCGCAACCACGAGCGUGGAGCAGAUCCUGGCGAUCACGGCGUAG